AUGUCACCCAAGAAGAUUAUGUGUUUGUUCGACGUGGAUGGCACCCUUACCAAGGCCCGCCAGACCAUAGACCCCGCCUUCGACGAGUUCAUCCAGACCAAAAUCAAACCCUUGUGCACCCUGGGCGUGGUCGGAGGGUCAGACUUCAAGAAAAUCGCUGAACAACUCAACGGCGACGACAUGAUCUUCCGCUUUGACUACGUGUUCCCGGAAAACGGGCUGGUGCAGUUCAAGUUCGGGAAAGAAGUGGGACGACAGAGUAUCCAGAAAUUCAUGGGUGAAGAGAAACUGCAGACGAUUAUUAAUUUCUCGCUGGGGUACUUGGCGAAGGUGGUUCUACCCGUGAAAAGGGGCACCUUCAUUGAGUUCAGGUCCGGGAUGUUGAAUAUCUGCCCGAUUGGAAGGUCGUGCUCGCAGGAGGAAAGGGACAGUUUUGAGAAGUACGACAAGGAGUUUCAGGUGCGGCAGACCAUGAUUGACGUCCUCAAGAAAAAGUUUCCCGAUAUUGGGUUAUCGUACGCGAUAGGGGGGCAGAUUAGCUUCGACGUGUUCCCGCACGGGUGGGACAAGACUUACUGUUUGCGACACCUGGAGACUGAAGGGUUCGACGAAAUACACUUUUUCGGGGAUAAGACUGACGAAGGGGGGAACGACCACGAGAUUUUCAACGACCCGAGGACCAUCGGACACAAAGUCACCAGUCCUGAGGACACGAGAAAACAGCUUGUGCAACUUUUCAACUUAUGAGAUUCAUUGUUUAUUAAAAAUUAUUGUCCAAUGUAA